CAUCCUGCCGGCGCGGGCGGGUGACGCGGCGGGGCCCGUUGUCUGUGUGUGUGGGGCUGAGGGGCCCCGGGAGCGGCGGGGGCUCCCGGCGGUGGGCGGCGGGGGGUGGGGAGGGCCUGGACAUGGCGCUGAGGGGCCGCCCCGCGGGAAGAUGAAUAAGGGCUGGCUGGAGCUGGAGAGCGACCCGGGCCUCUUCACCCUCCUGGUGGAAGAUUUCGGUGUCAAAGGGGUGCAGGUGGAGGAGAUCUAUGAUCUUCAGAGCAAAUGCCAAGGCCCCGUAUAUGGAUUCAUCUUCCUGUUCAAAUGGAUCGAAGAGCGCAGGUCCCGUCGCAAAGUCUCUACUUUGGUGGAUGAUACGUCCGUGAUUGAUGACGAUAUUGUGAAUAAUAUGUUCUUUGCCCACCAGUUGAUCCCCAACUCUUGUGCCACUCAUGCCUUGCUGAGCGUGCUCCUGAACUGCAGCAAUGUGGAUCUGGGACCCACACUGAGUCGUAUGAAAGAUUUCACCAAAGGCUUCAGCCCGGAGAGCAAAGGAUAUGCAAUUGGCAAUGCUCCAGAAUUGGCCAAGGCACAUAAUAGCCAUGCUAGGCCAGAGCCACGUCAUCUUCCUGAGAAACAGAAUGGCCUUAGUGCAGUGCGGACCAUGGAGGCAUUCCACUUUGUCAGCUAUGUACCUAUCACAGGACGACUCUUUGAGCUGGAUGGGCUGAAAGUCUACCCUAUUGAUCAUGGUCCCUGGGGAGAGGAUGAAGAGUGGACAGACAAAGCCCGGAGGGUUAUCAUGGAGCGUAUUGGCCUUGCCACUGCAGGGGAACCCUACCACGACAUCCGCUUCAACCUGAUGGCAGUGGUACCUGAUCGCAGGAUCAAGUAUGAGGCCAGGCUGCAUGUGCUGAAAGUGAAUCGUCAGACAGUACUCGAGGCUCUGCAGCAGUUGAUUAGGGUAACACAGCCAGAGCUUAUUCAGACCAGCAAGUCUCAAGAGUCACAGCUGCCUGAGGAAUCCAAACCAGCCAGCAGCAAGUCCCCUCUUGUACUGGAGGCAGGCAGAGCCCAAGUGGCCUCUGAGAGCACCCACACAGAAGGUGCAGAGGAGGUAGCUGGGUCAUGCCCACAAGCUCCAACCCACAGUCCUCCCAGCAAACCUAAGCUGGUGGUGAAGCCUCCAGGGAGCAGCCUCAAUGGAGUUCCUCCCAACCCCACCCCCAUUGUUCAGCGGCUGCCAGCUUUUCUAGACAAUCACAACUAUGCCAAGUCCCCCAUGCAGGAGGAGGAAGACUUGGCAGCAGGUGUGGGUCGCAGUCGAGUUCCAGUCCGUCCACCCCAGCAGUACUCAGAUGAUGAAGAUGAUUAUGAGGAUGAUGAGGAGGAAGAUGUGCAGAACACCAGUUUUGCCAUCAGAUACAAGCGAAAGGGGACAGUGAAACCAGGAUCGUUGAAUAGUUCCACAGAUGGGCAACUGUCAGUGCUACAACCCAACACCAUCAAUGUCUUGACUGAGAAGCUCCAAGAGUCCCAGAAAGACCUCUCACUUCCUCUGUCUGUCAAGACGAGCACCGGGGCUGGGAGUCCAGCAGUGGCAAUGCCCACACACUCACAGCCCUCACCGACCCCCAGUAACGAGAGCACAGACACUGCCUCUGAGAUCGGCAGUGCUUUUAAUUCCCCCUUGCGCUCACCUAUUCGCUCGGCCAACCCAACACGGCCCUCCAGUCCUGUCACUUCUCAUAUUUCCAAAGUGCUUUUUGGAGAGGAUGAUAGUCUGCUGCGUGUUGACUGCAUACGCUACAAUCGUGCUGUCCGUGACCUGGGUCCUGUCAUCAGCACAGGCCUACUACACCUUGCUGAGGAUGGUGUGUUGAGUCCCCUGGCACUGACAGAGGGUGGAAAGGGUUCCUCACCCUCCAUCAGACUGAGCCAAGGCAACCAGGGGUCUAGCAGUCCAGAGGAGAAGGAGGUCGUGGAAGCCACAGAUAGCAGAGAGAAGACUGGGUUGGUCAGGCCCAACGAAUCCUUGAGUGGGGAAAAGUACUCACCCAAGGAGCUGCUGGCAUUGCUAAAAUGUGUGGAGGCUGAGAUUGCAAACUAUGAGGCUUGCCUCAAGGAGGAGGUGGAGAAGAGGAAGAAGUUCAAGAUUGAUGACCAGAGAAGAACCCACAACUACGAUGAGUUUAUUUGCACCUUCAUCUCCAUGCUGGCUCAGGAAGGCAUGCUGGCCAACCUGGUGGAGCAGAACAUCUCUGUGCGGCGACGCCAAGGGGUCAGCAUUGGCCGGCUUCACAAACAGCGGAAGCCUGAUCGGCGGAAACGUUCUCGCCCCUACAAGGCCAAGCGCCAAUAAGGGCUGCUGUCUCUGAUUGUGCAGCCUGCUCUUGCCGUGAGGCCCUCACCAGGGCCUUUCCCUGCCCUACUCCCCUUUUCCCAGUAUUACUGAAUAGUUUCAUCUAGAGCCCAGACCCUGGUAGUGGAAGCCAGCCGCCAUGUUUCCACAUCACAUCCAGGGGCUUGGUGGGGACAAGUCAGCUUGAUAGUGCUUGGGAAGCAGCAGUUAAGAGUUGGGCUACAGCGAGGUACUGUGGCUUUCUCUAUAGCCAGAAGUGGAACAGCAGGACUUGGCCCUGUUACCUGGGCAGCAGAAUAUAUUUUUUAUCUAUCAGAGAUGUCUAUUUUUUUCUGGGCUCCAGCCUAUUUUGCCACCAUAUUCAUAUGGCUGGCUUCCCAACUGCUUUCUCAGCUGUCAUCUGGUUGGGGCCAGUUGCCCACAUCAUUCCAGGGUCACAACUGUAAAGACCCAGCUGGGGGCCUUGUGGGCACAGGACUUUGCUGCCCUAGUCUGUCUUCCCCCUUCCCCCUGCCUGUCUGUUGGGAUGAAGUCAGGCCUACUCUCUUAUUUUGGAGGAGUGACAAACUCAGGGACCCUGCUGCUGGGUUGGAAUGAUUGAGGUAUCCAAGUAAAAGUGGGAUGAACAGUCUGCUGGGGUCCCAUAGCCUGAGCAGAGAAAAGUGUUUGAGCUGUUGGGUGGCCUGUCAAGUGUCCUAACUCUAGCCAGGCUUGUCAAGACUGCUGUCUUUAGCAAGGCUCUGGGGCUCUUUGCCUUCAGUGUUGUGGCCCUAGCUAAGGGGCCUACAUUGGACUCCUGGUCUCUGUCCCUGGAGCCGGGGGCUCAGAAAAGCCUGACUGGACCCUCAGUAUUAUUGCAUCUUCUCCUCUUAGAAUUACAGAGAGAGGGCUGCUUUCAGGAACCUGGUACCACUCAAAAAUUUCUGCUGUGCCAGCUUCCUCAGCUUCUGCAAGGCACUCAGGGUUGUGCAACAGCAGGAUCAAACCAUCAUUUGGAGGCCCCUGUGUUCUCAGAGGCUUGAUGUCAAGGCUUAAUGGGUUUUGUAUUGCCUUAAGCUCAGGCCUCAAAUAUAGCCCAGUGGUCUCUUCCAGAUGGCUUUGAAGGUGAUCCAGGCAGGCCCCUUAUCUGUACAUACUGACUAAGGGCGGGGGCUGGCAUGUGUGGUAGCUACCUAUCUGGGCUGAACACAGCUUGAUUCCCGCCUCUGGCAUCUGUAAAUACUGGAUCAGUGAAUGAAUAAAACUACUAAGAAACAUCA